AGCGAUUUGAGCGAGAGCCGGCUUUGCGUUUGCCGCCGUCCGAUUUCCUUCACUCUCCGUCGUUGCGCCGGGCUCUUGUGUUGGCCUCAACAUCAUGGCUGCUGCAGCCGCCAACCAAGCCAUGGACCUGGCUCAUCAAGGCCUCGACUGGGCCUUCCAUCGCGUGGUCCUGCAGGCUGCUACCAUCCUUCCACCUUGGCUUCUUCGCCAUGUGCCCGCCAACUGGCAGGCGCUGACCCCAGCCAAACUGGCCGUUGUCACCCCCGCAGCCUUUAUCGUGGCGCGCAUCGUCAUGCACCAGCUGCACCAAUUGCGCAUCAAGUUUGCUUUGCGCAACGUCCAGCGCGCCCCACAGUGGCUGCCCAUUGUGGGCCAUACCUGGGCCUUGCUUAUUGGAACUCCCUGGGACGUCUUUCACUCUUGGUUUGAAACUACUGGCGCUGAUCUGCUCAAGGCCAACGUCAUGGGAGAAAACUCCCUGCUCGUGUACAAGCCCCGUCAUCUUCGCCAAAUCAUGAACAGCAAGCUUCACAACUACCCCAAAGAUGUGGACUUUGCCUUUAAGACUUUUAUGGAUAUUCUCGGCAGCGGCCUCGUGAGCAGCAACGGUGCCUUAUGGAAGAAGCAGCGCACCCUCCUGAGCCAUGCCCUACGCAUUGACAUUUUGGAAGAGACCAUGCCCGUGGCCAAGCGGGCCAUCGAUCGUCUCAGCGAAAAGCUCGAGGCCAUUCGUGGCACCGGCGAGUAUAUUGAGAUUGCCGAGGAGUUUCGCGUCUUGACUCUGCAGGUCAUUGGUGAACUUAUUCUCAGCCUCAGCCCCGAGGAAUCGUCGCGUGUUUUUCCCGAUCUCUAUCUUCCCAUUAUGGAGGAAGCCAACCGCCGUGUCUGGGAGCCCUAUCGUGCUUACAUUCCCACACCAGGCUGGUUCCACUACAACCGCACCCUUCACGAGCUCAACAACUAUCUAUGCAACCUCAUCCGCAAGCGCUGGGCCGACCGCCAGGCUGCUGUGGCCGCUGGCACCAACGAGGACGAUAAGGACAUUCUUGAGGUCAUCAUGGCUGACAUUGACCCGGCAACCUGGGGUGAAGGCACCGUCUUGCAGCUUCGUGAUGAGAUCAAGACCUUCAUCAUGGCAGGCCACGAGACCUCGGCAGCCAUGAUGACCUGGGCCUGCUACGAGCUCCAUCGCCACCCAGAAGUUCGGGAAAAGUUUAUUCAGGAAGCCCAGGCCGUCUUCGGUACGGGUAUCGCCGCUGAUGCCGAGGGGGCCGACAAGUUCACCAAGACCCCGCUGCCUGCAAAUGAACAGCUCAAGGGUCUUCAGUACACCAUGAACGUGCUCAAGGAGACGCUUCGCUUUUAUUCGCUCGUGCCUGUGGUGGCCCGCGUGACGGUCGAAGAUGACGUGCUUGAUGGCCACGUCGUGCCAGCCGGCACGCGCAUCCUCAUUAGCCUGCGCUCGGCGCACGACAACCCCGAAACGUGGAAGGAUCCCAUGACCUACCGCCCAGAGCGCUUCGAUGAACCCUUUGACUUGUAUGCCUUCAUGCCCUUUAUCCAGGGUCCUCGCAAUUGCCUCGGACAGCAUUUGGCCCUUCUCGAGGCGCGCAUCGUCAUGGCGCUGCUCAUGCUGCGUUUCAAGCUUACGCCACGCGAUGAGUCAUGUGGCGAGCGCCAUCCUUCGAUCGUGCCCGUGUGCCCCAAGAAUGGCAUGUGGGUACGUGUGGACUAAGCAGAACAGAUGUUUUUUUUUUUUUUGGGUCUCUGUCCUCUUCAACCCCUCCCACUCUGACCGUCAAAGCCCAAAGGCCAUGUUCAAGGGGGUUGCUUCGCCUUCCCUCACUUGUUUAAAAAAGACGGUGUCGGGUUCUGUCCGUAUAUGCCUCCCGCCCCACCCGUCCAUUUGUGACUUGACACCUCUCUACCCAUGCCCAUGACCUUUUGCUUCUUCUGUCAACCCGCCGAUUGAAUCGUACCAUCUCAAAUUUAUCACCACACGAU